CAACAUCGCAUGCGGUGGUAGGGAUGGCUUCGGUUAGUUUGAAGUUGGGUUAACAACGUAGCUUUAGUCGCGUGCGAAAAGUGUUUGCUGUUGCGCGUAUGUGGUUUUAGUGUAGCAUGACAGACAAAUCGGGAGAUGAAAAUAUGGCAAACCACCACCAUUUGCCGGGGCUAGAUUCAGUGUCUGAACAGUCAUCAAGAUCAGAAAGUUCUGUAAUUUCUAUAAUGCCUAAUAUAAAAAUAAGCGACAGGGAUCAAAUACGAUUUGAUGGUAUGAUAGGUUAUUCCGACGAAUCAGACGAUUCUAAUUUAGAUCAAACAAAUACCACAAAUGAUAAACAGUACCCAGUGGAAAAUCAACAAAGUGAGGUUAAACUUUUAAGCAGUUCGUUAAAAGCAGCAGAUGCGCUAGCAGUAACUGAUCUUAGCGUAUCUGGCCUGUCAUCUUUUUUAAACAUAACCGGCCUAUCAGAAAACCUACCAAUAAGUAUCUCCACAGAUUUUGAACAACAUUUGUUCCAAGACAAAAGUCAAAAUAAACAGACUGUGACAACAGAAAGCUUUUCUACUGAUAACGACUUUUCGCCCAGUGAUGGAUCUGAUUUUGACCCCCAAAAAGCUGGCUUUAAUACUGACGACAGCUGUGAAAAGGUAACCACAUAAUUUGUCGCCGGGCAAGUUCACACCGCAUUAUCCUUAAGACUAUUUUGAUUAAGCAUUUGAUUUUGGAUUCUGUUAUUCAACACUUUUUCCGGUACGUUUUAAUUCUUUCUAUUUAUUUAAAAUAUCAGUUCGUCUGAGGCUACAUUACUAGUUCCUUUUUUAAUCAGCAUUAGAAUAUGAACUGUUUAUACUAUGUACAUAUAAUGACUUAUGAUAGAGUUUAUUGCUAUUUCUUAACUUUUCAUGUUUUGAUGUUUUAAUAGCACCUGUAAGAUUUUCGAUCGUUAAGUUUCUUUCUUUCGUAUGAAAUUAACAAAUUUAGGA